AUGUUUAACCUCACGAAAGUCAUUUUGAGGAUAGAAAACGAAAGGUUUGUUGCUGUUGUUAAUAAGUCGAUGAGUUCUAAAUUCUCACAACUGUUGGACUCAGCUCAAGAGUUCCUUCCUCUCCUCCCUUGGGGGGUGGAGUUUGAAAAGGACAAGUUCCUACGUCCAGACUUUACUUCACUUGAUGUUGUGUCAUUUGCCUCCAGUGGAAUACCAGCUGGUAUCAAUAUACCUAACUAUGAUGAGAUAAGACAGAAUGAAGGAUUUAAGAAUGUGUCUUUGGGUAAUGUAUUGUCAGCUGCCUCACAGGAUAAGAGGGUUACAUUCCUUACAACUGAGGAUCAGGUGAGUUUAGAAAUUGUGUAUUUUGUUGUGGCAUAUCACAUUGACAUUUAUUUCAAUGAUUAUGAUGAGCCUAUGAUGUUUGAGCGAAAGCAGCCACAGGAUUAG